AUGGCGUGGUGGGAAUUCGAGAUCAACCUCCAGCCAACCAAGGAGGAAAAGAUAGCCCGCCGCGCAACCUUGGAUCGCUACGGGAGAUACGCCUUUGCCUCCGCCCUGGCCCCAAUUAUAGUCAUCUUGCUUUUCCGGCUUGCCAGUUGGGCUUGGGCUACUCUAUCCUCGCCAAAACCAGCUCCGUACCAUGCCGUGUCCGAAUCCGAGUCGGCGAAACCCCACGCUAGUCGCCGGAAGCGCGGCACUCUACGUCGGGUCUUCCAAAGGGCAAAGUGGUGGCUUUCCGAGCCUGUGUUCAUUUUUGGAUGGCUCUGUGGUCAGAGGGAUGAGUGGGUGUUUGGUCUUGUUUGGUUCAUCUGGCUUUCGGUGUUGUGUGUUCGAGAAACCGGCCAAGACUUCCUCCACCUCACCAAACGCUUCGGCAUCAUCGCCGUCUCCCAACUCCCCAUCCAACACCUCCUCUCCUUCAAAGCCACCAACCCCUACGCCUUCGCCUUCCGCACCUCCCACGAACACCUCAACCGCUUCCACCGCGUCCUCGGCCGCCUCAUCUUCGUCUUCCUCUGGCUGCACAUGCUCUUCUACUUCAAGUUCUUCUUCGCCGCCGCCAUCUUUCCCGCCCGCCUCUUCGAGGCCAACGUGUUCGCCGGCUUCUUCGCCCUGAUCGUCUUUCAUCUCCUCUAUGCUACCUCCAUGACUGUUAUUCAGCGGUGGUCCUAUAGACUCUUCUUUAUUACUCAUCUGUCUGUUGUGUUUGUUACUCCUACUUUGAUCUUUGUCCAUGCGAAGCCUGCGAGGAUAUAUAUCCUUGCGUCCAUCGUGCUGUUCGUGGUUGAUUUGAUCGUGAGAAAACUCACUACUGCUACGGCCUCGGCUACCGUCGAGAUCGUUCCGGGAACCAACCUCGUCAAGAUCUCGGCUGCCCUUCCAGAGCCCAAGAUCCGCCAGCUCGGCGAGCGACCCGGUUCACACGUCUAUCUGAGCAUUCCAAACGAUGCGAGACCGAAAUUCAGCUGCUCAUCUAAAUCUUUCCCCAUUCUUUUCGAGUUUUUAUUUAACCCCUUUACCGUGGCCAAUGUUGACCACGCUAAUAGCGAGCUCACCCUCGUCGCAAGACACAUGGGCGGUCCCAUGACUGCGCGACUACUGCAGCUUGGCAACGAGAGAGCUGGUAAUAAUGCUACUGCCUCUGAAACUUUCAAAAGUCAAGUUCCGCUGUCCAUCGAAGGCCCCUACGGCACGCUCGCCAAGCAUUUCCCAAGUCUCGCCGCUGGACGCGCCGAUAGGGUUCUCCUCGUGGCUGGUGGAGUCGGCGCCACCUUUGCGUUUCCCAUCUAUAAGGCUCUGAAAGCCGACGAUCCCGAUGCCAACGUCGAACUCGUCUGGGCCGUCCGAAACCCCGACGAAAUCUCCUGGGCUCUUUCCCUCUCCGACUCAUCAACAUCAACACACUCUUCCCCUGAAAAUGUAGCAUCCAUCCUCGAAAACCCCUCCAUUCAUGUUUUCGUUACAGGCAAUAGCAACAGCAGCACAUCUCUCAACUCGACCGGCGACGACUACUCGUCCGAGACGACCUCCCGGAGUUCCUCUGCUGAUAUCCCGCUCUCGGAUAUGAACAGCAGCGGAAAGGAGCUUUCGAGGGCGGAACGCCAGUUGCGGAGGAGGAAGAGGCCGGAUUUGAAGAGGUUUGUUGAUGACGCCUUUAAGAGUGGUGGUGCGGAUGGGAGGGUCGCUGUGUUGGUGUGCGGGCCGGGACAGAUGGGGUUGAGGGUCAGGGAGCAUGUUGGCGUUUGGGCGGCCAAGGGUAGGGAUGUGUUUUGGCAUAACGAGAGUUUUGGAUGGUAA